UCCCGGAGUCCAUUGCGGCUGACAGUGACAACUACAUUUCCCAGGAGUCUCAGCAGCGACCCCGACCGGAAGCGGCGGGCGAAUUGUGUGUCCUUGCGCGGCGAGUGAAGCGAGAGACCAACUAUGGUGGCUCGAGUGUGGUCGCUGAUGAGGUUCCUCAUCAAGGGAAGUGUGGCUGGAGGAGCAGUCUACCUUGUUUAUGACCAGGAGCUGCUGGGGCCUAGUGACAAGAGCGAAGCUGCCCUGCGGAAGGCCGAGGAGGUUGUGCCACCAGCAAUGUACCAGUUCAGCCAAUAUGUGUGCCAGCAGACGGGUCUGGAGAUGCCACAGCUCCCAACCCCUCCAAAGAUUAAUUUUCCGAACUUCCGUGACUCCUGGAACUCAGGCAUCAUCUCAGUCAUGGCAGCCUUGUCCGUGGCCCCCUCCAAGGCCCAAGAAUUCUCCAAGGAGGGCUGGGAGUACCUCAAACAACACAGCAAGUAAUGGAUGCUACCUGCCCCAACAUUAUGGGGAUCAAGACAAGGAUGCCACAGACAUCCCAGUGGGGACCUCACUCUGAGGGCAGCUUCUAACAUUGCUGGCCCAAUAAAGGACUUGGGAAUGGUCCCCAGCUGGUGUUCUGGUGGGAGGAUAUAGAGCCUUGGCUUUAUGGGAGGAGUCCUGGCCAACAGGAAUCUCCAUGUUCCAGAUGUAAUGUUUGGAGCCCAGAAAGGUUUUAGGGUGUUUGUUUUGUUUUCUUUUAAAAAUUUUGUGUGUCUCGCUGUGAUAAAAAAAAAAUUAUGACCAAAAGCAGCUUGGAUAGGAAAGGGUUUAUUUCAGCUUGUUACUCUCAGGUCUUUCUCCAUCACUAAGGGAAGUUAGGGCAGGAACCUAGGGGCAGGACUGAAGCAGAGGCCAUGGAAAAUUAGUUUAUAGACUUGUUCUCCAUGGUCUGCUCAGCCUACUUUCUAAUAGCACCCAGGACCAUCUACCCAUAGUCAUCAGUCAAGAAAAUGCCCCACAUCCCAAUCCGAUGGAGGCGUUUCCUUAAUUUAGCACUAUGUGUGUGUGUGUGUGUGCGCGCGCGCGCGCGCGCUUCUACAUACACAAUGGCGAUGUGCAUUGUGAGCUCGUCAUGGGUGCUAGGAUCUGAACUCCUAGCCAUGGAAUCAUCCCUCCAACCUGUAGAAUGGAGCAAGGACUGUGGUGGUGGGGGAGCCUAAACUUGGGGGGUGCCCUUAAUAGGGGCUUCAUUUGCAGUGGACUAGUUCUUUUUGAAGACCCCAUUGCCCAAACUAGUCACAGCCACUCAGGACUCCCAGGCUUGCUUGAUAAAGGUUCCUUUUCCCAGAGACCCUGCCCCAGCACUCCUCCCAUGCUGUACCAGCUGUCUGAGGCCUGAAAGUCUCCUCCCUCCCAUUAGUACCACAGAAGGCUGUGGCUGGCAGCCAUGCCCAGAAGGGGGAGGGCUCCAGGCGGAGCCUCUGCCACAUGGAGUUCUGCAGCUUAUGUGCCAAUAUCCAACAGGUUAUAAGCUACCUUAGGAAGCCCGUUACUCAGACCAUAUUCCCAGAGGCUGGGUGGCUGGCUGGGCACAGGACUGUCAGGUUUACCCUGGUCUGCGGAGGCAUCUAGAAUUGAGCUUACGGGAUCACACUGGUCCAGAAAAGCUGGUGACACCUCUUAAACCCUAAAGCCAGGGGCUACCUCUGCCUGUGGUCCAGUCUUAUGUAGACCCCCGUACUUGUCUGUGGCCUCCUCUAGCACCGUUCUCAGCAAUUCCGACCUCAAUACCAGUACUGCAGGGAUGCUAUGUCAGACACAGUAAGGAGCAGAGCUGGCCCCAAGCCUGAGCUCACUCCGACUGAGGCAGCUAAGUCAUACAAAAUUGAAUGGGCACCACUUGGCUGCUUGUAGAGUAUCACUUUCCUCACAGAAAUGAGAGGCUAAGGUCGAAGGUUUGAAGUAAAGGGCACAUGAACAGAAAAUCUUUAUUACAAAAAAAAAAAAAGGAACAAAAAUGAAAACAAA